CGCCCCGGAUCCGGUGGCCAAUCCUGUCGUAUGUCCCUGCUGCUCCAUCCAUCAUCUAUAGCCUAUCCUUGCUUAUAUCCCGCCGACCGGCCCAAAAGUCCAAAGGAAAUCCGUUCUCGUCUCCCAGUCCCAGCUGCCCCCGGCCCUGCCAUGCGCGUGCCAUGGAAAGGCGCCGCGAGGACCCCUCCUGCUAUUACUACCACGACGCAGCCGCCAGCCUUGCCCUUGCUGCCUUGCACCACGAGCUAGCUAGCUACUGUUAAGCAUCUCUCCGUCGCACGUCUCGCUGUCGUAUCAUUUGCCGCGGUAGCAAGCAUGGAGCGGGACGGGCUUUACGGAGGAGGCCGUGGCGAGGGCGGGUACGUGGUCCGAGACUUCCCACGGCCGCAGCACGGGCAGCAGCAGCGGCAGAUGGAGUGCUUCUCUGAUGAGGUGAGCAGCCGCGACGGCGAGGGGGAGGCGAACGGCGGUGGCAGUGGCCCAACGCCGGCGGCGAACUCGGGGGGAGUAGUAGGAGGUGGUGACGGGGUGACCGUGGAGACGACGGGGAAGCGCAGGCGGGGGCGGCCGCCGGGGUCCAAGAACAAGCCGAAGCCGCCGCCGGUGGUGACGCGGGACGUGGAGCCCGCGGCGGCCAUGCGGCCGCACGUGCUCGAGGUCCCCGCCGGCGGGGACGUCGCCCGCGCGCUCGCGGGCUUCGCGCGCCGCCGCGGCCUCGGGAUCUGCGUGCUCGCGGGGACGGGCGCCGUCGCCGAAGUGACGCUCCGCCACCCGUCGCCGUCGUCGUCGUCCCCCGCCGACGGCGGCGUCGGCGGCUCCGCGACCGUCGUCUUCCGCGGCCGGUACGAGAUCCUCUCCAUCUCGGCCACGUUUCUGGCCCCGUCCAUGUCCGCGGCGGUGCCGCCCCGCGCCGUCAGGGACCUCUCAGUAUCGCUCGCGGGACCGCACGGCCAGAUCGUCGGGGGCACCGUGGCGGGCCCGCUCGUCGCCGCCACCACCGUCGUUAUCCUGGCCGCCGCGUUCACCGACCUUACCUUCCACCGCCUCCCCCUCGAGGACGACGCGUCGGUGUCCGUCUCCGGCAGCGCCGAAGCCGACGAGCAUCGUGGGCACCAGCCGCCGGAGCCGCAGGACGCGGGCGGGCUGCACCCGCACCUGCGCAGCAUGGCUCCGGGGACUCAGCCGGUUCCAUCGUACGCUCGCCAGUCGUCCCAGGAGGUGUGGCCGCCGGCGGGAAGUGCACAGCGUCCAAGGCCGCCGUAUCAAUAGCUCCGAUCGAGCCUCCGACGACGAUUGCUUUUCCUGACAUCGGACGUCUGCUUCUUAUACGGUCAAUGGCGCUCGACCCUUCAUAAUUACACAUCUGAUUAUUUUUCCCGUCUAAUUCCUCUCGAGACAUUUGACAGUGUGGCUAGUGUUAGGGUUUAAUAUCAGAUACAUUUAUGAUCCAGGUACUCCAAACUACUCCACUUCGUUAGGGUUCAUCAUUCUUAUUUAAUUUGAACUAGGAAGGUGGCCCGCUCAAUUUGCGUGGGUAGCUAGCCUUUUGUCAUGCUAAUAUUAACCUUUUUUUGCUUAAAAUUAAAUUUACUGAUGUGAUUUAGUUUUCUCA